CGGUGGUGCUCGGGGAUGGGUUAAGAACUAUAAAAACACAGAGCCUGCCAUUGAAUGGGUUAGUAACGGAAUCGAAACGGUGCGAAUAAGUGAUUACCAAACCGCGAUGGGAGCUUUUAAUUUGAGGAUAUGUGUCCUGGCCGCUGGCCUACUGAUGGCUUCCCAGGCCUACGCCGCCUACACGAUGGAGCAAAUGUGCGCUCAGUGGUCGGGUAAAGGAUACGUGGGUAAUCCGAACGAUUGUACCGGCUGGGGCUUCUGUCAAGGCCAGAAUCUGGUCGCGUGGGGAAAUUGUUCUCCAAAUCAAACCUACAACGCCCAAUUGGGAAUCUGCAACUGGUCCAACCAGACGGUGUGCAAGAGCAAUCCAGUGUCAACUUGCCAGCUCGCCACCUCACCAAUGUAUGUGGCCGAUCCGGACAAUUGCAACCAGUACUAUAACUGCGAUGGAAAGGGAAAUAGUCAAGUUUUUAGCUGUACCACCGGUUCUGUGUUUUCGGCCAGUGGACCAGCGUGCGUCUGGGGGCCCACAUGCCCUCAGGACUCCAUUUGCCAGUACAUGCUGAACGAUAUCUUUGUUGGUGAUCCGAAACACUGUGGACAAUAUAUCUCAUGUAGUAAGGGCGUCGGUACAUCUGGCACGUGUGCUUCGGGCUAUUAUAACCUGCAAACUGGAAAUUGCGAACCGAAAAACACAUGCGAUUCCUCAAACAGUGGUUCCACCACCGAUGAUCAGUUUACGGUUGGAGACCUGAGUGGCGCAAAAACUUGCGCAAAUGGAUGGGCUGCUGCAAAAGACUUAUCAACAUCUGAGGAAACUGUAACUUACAAAUUUGUUUCCGACGGUGCCACCUGUUAUGGUUACUAUUACUGUGCAACUAAGGAAUCAGUUGGAGUUUGGAACUCUUGCAAAACUGGCACCCACUUCAAUCCAAAGGCCGGACAAUGUGUGUCGCCUGCAGCCUAUGCAUGCCCCUACAAUCGGUGCGGAAAUGUGGCUGCCACAUUCAUGGCCACUGUGAACUCCAAAUGUGGUACUUACACAUAUUGCGCCAAGGGAACCACGGCUAAUUGCCCCGCCGCCGAUCCCUAUUUCGAUGAGGUGCACAGCAUUUGCACCAGUGGCACCCUCAAUUAUACGGUUUGCACAGAGGAAGUUAAUUUGACUAACUAA